AUGCUAACUGACGUCGACGAUGCGCACAUAUCCGUGCGCUUCAAGUACGGCAUCCACACCAUCUUCCUCUUCAUCGACGCGCUGGCUCCCUUCUCCUCUGUCACGCAAGAUCUGCUCGAGGUUCUCAGAGAUCGAUAUCCCGAUGGUCUCACAAAGUCGAGUUCUUCGCCGGAUGGGAGGACUCCCGUGCCAGAUGCAGCAAACCUGAUCUACGGCGUUCUCCGUGUACCCACCGAUCCCUCCAAAGGAUGGAAGCCUCUGAAACUUGGAGACGACGGUUCGAAUACCCCCAGCAAAUGCGGAAUCAAGGAUAACAGCAUUGUCGCCUUUGCGUUUGCACCAGAUGAAGAGGAUGAGAUGGAUGCUGAGGAGGGAGAUGCUGUGUUUGAAGUUGAAUGGCCUCAAGAGGACGAAGAGCUCUACGAACAAGGGCCCUGA